ACAGGAAGUCAUUUUUCAGCUGCAGAGAAGUUAGUUUCACUUUGAAACCGAGCUGAAACAAAGAAGAACUGGUGUGUCUGGGCUGAAGAGUCAUGGGCAGUCUGAGGUGGGUCCUGUUGGUGCUCUGCUUCCAAAACUACUGGAAUCUGCCCCAAACUCUGGAACAAGCUGCUCUGCGUUUCGUUGGGCUCGCUGACUGGGGAGGUGUUCCCUUCCCUCCAUACUACACUCCACAUGAGGAGGCUGUUGCUGCAGAGGUGGACAGGCUGGCCCAGACUGGAGGAAUGGACUUCAUCCUCAGCCUGGGAGAUCACUUCUACUUCAGUGGUGUCAAGAAUGUGGAAGACCCUCGCUUCAAGCACACAUUUGAAAGGGUCUUCUCCCAGCCCUCCCUGCUGGAUAUCCCAUGGUACCUGAUUGCUGGAAACCACGACCACAAGGGCAAUAUCUCAGCUCAGAUGGCCUACUCUGACAUGUCCCACCGCUGGAAUUACCCAGGUCUCUAUUAUGAUCUCCAGUUUACUGUCCCGCACACAAAUGUGUCAGUGAGCAUCCUGAUGAUUGACACAGUGGUGUUAUGUGGAAACACCGACGACCAAACCCAGCCUUCAGGACCAGAGAACCCCAGAGAUGCAGAUCAACACUGGACCUGGAUCAGGUCUAAACUGGCCAGCAGCAGGUCAGAAUAUGUUGUGGUGGCUGGUCAUUAUCCUGUGUGGUCCAUUGGCAAUCAUGGACCAACAUCCUGUCUAGUAAACAGACUGAGGCCCUUACUGAAGAAAUACAGAGUCACUGUGUACCUGUGUGGCCAUGAUCACAAUUUGCAGUUUAUCAGAGAGGAUGAUGGGAGCUCGUAUGUAGUUAGUGGGAGUGGAGCUGUCAGUGACCCUGCCACCACUCACAGGGAAAGUGUUCCUCUUCCCUGGCAGCUCUACUCCAGUCCUGUCAACCACACAGCAGGAGGCCUGGCUUACUUCCAGGUCACUGAGCAUCAGAUGACGAUCAGUUUCAUGCAGACUGAUGGGAAAUGUGUUUACCAGGCAGAGCUGCCAGCACGCACAGUCUGAUGCCUUUCACAAGUCUUUGCACAAGUCUCGUAUGUUUCACAUAUUGUCCUCUUAUAACCUUUUAUAUUUAAGAUAUGACUUCUGCUACUUAUAUUUAAUGUUUUCUAUUUGCUGUGGCUGUGCAUGUAUGUAUGAACAACGAUAUGAUCAAAGAUCUUUAAUGGAUGCUUGUGGUUAGACGACAUUUAACAUCUUGGAAAGCUUUGUUAUUUUCCUCACAGAACGGCAUCGAAAAAAGCAUUGAUUUAAGUUUUGAUUUAUUACCCAAAAUGAUUAAUUGCAUCAGCACUAGUGUUGAAAUAUUCUUUACAAUACCAAACCCAAAGAGUAUGGGCUAAAUAGUUGCACACAUUGUGAAUAUUUUGACCAUGUCACAUGAGCUGCAUCUAUACUGUAUUCACAUGACUCACUGUGUGAUAUAGAAAUGGUGUGGGGAAUGCUGGUUACACAGAUGAGAGUACAGGGCUUCAUUCAUGGAUUAAGAGACAACGGGCCCCUGAGCACAAACAUGUAAAAGGCCCCACCACCAUAGGGUACAUAGGGACAGGAUCCCCAGACUAAAAGAGAUGCAAAACGACAGGUGAACCAAAACUCAGGUGCUGUGUUGGUUCAUAAACCUGCUCCUGAACUUUAGUAUUUAGUUCACAUUGGAGAUGGAGGACCUUAUUCAAAACAUUCUGCCACAGCUGAUCCACGCUGAACAAAUAUUACACAAAAUACUACACACUAUAUAUCGAAAAAUAAUUUAGGAAACCUCAGAUGCAAGUUCUCUCUUAUUGAAGCAGAGCACAUUUUGUAUAAAGCAGGUGGAUAGACAUGUACUUACUGUUUCUCUUUACACAUUACUCUCACAGUACACUCUUUACAGUUACAUUGCACUUUAUUACUCUUUGCAGGUUAUUUAGAUAUUCAGAAAGCCUGUGUUGUAUUGUGGUGAAUUCCAUAAUGCUCUCAUGAAGCACCACUAAAUGCAUAUCUUAUUAUUUCAGCCGAUUCAAAAAAUAUUUCAAAGAUUCAAAGACUAAAUGGCACUAAAUAGUAUAGUAUGGUAUGGUAGUAUGGGUAUUGGAACUCAGAGAUGAUGUCACCCAUGUAGGUUUUUAUUAGGCUCUCGCCUCGUCUCUCUGCCAGUUUGGGAAUGUGAUUGGCCUGAAGCUACAUGACCAUAUGCCCAUCUAUGUGCCCCAUUGGCUGAUAUGUGUGUGGAUGUAUAAUUGGUGGUCUGUUAUAUUAUAUACAGAUGUUCUGAUCCAUACAUUUUCUAUUAAAAUGUUAUUUGGAAUGUGUUUUAUGAUGACCUGGAGGAAGACCACAAGCCGAAAACUUUGGUCCCACAAUAAUGUUGUCCUGUAUACCAGCGGUCCCCAACCACCGGGCCGCGGACCGGUACCGGUCCGUGGGUCAUUUGGUACCGGGCCGCACAGAAAGAACAAAUAACUUAUAUUAUUUCUUAUU